CCCUCCCCCCCCCCCCCACCCCAUUUCUUUCUUGCCUCCCACGCCGCCGCCGCCGUAUCCCGCAAUGGCCGAUCCGCGGCUGUUCCCGUCGGGAUCUGACGACCGCCGCGACGACUCCGGCCGCCGCCUCUACAACCCGUACCAGGACCUCAACAUCCCCUACAAGCAGCUCUACGACCUGCCCACCUCCCCGGAGUUCCUCUUCCAGGAGGAGGCCAUCGCGCAGCGCCGCUCCUGGGGCGAGAACCUCACCUACUACACCGGUAUCGGCUACCUGGGCGGCGCCGUGGUCGGGGCCGCGCUGGGGCUCCGCGACGCCGCGCGGGGCGCCGAGCCCGGCGAGCCCGCGAAGAUCCGGGCCAACCGUGUCCUCAACUCUUGCGGGAGCUCGGGCCGCCGCUUCGGCAACACGCUCGGGGUCAUAGGCCUUAUGUACGCCGGGAUCGAGAGCGCCAUGGUCGCUGCCCGCGACCGCGACGACUGGAUCAAUAGCGUCGCGGCAGGGCUAGGCACCGGCGCGCUCUUCCGGGCCGCCAACGGGCCGCGGUCAGCCGCCGUCGCGGGGGCCGUUGGAGGGGUUCUCGCCGGCGCCGCCGCGGCCGCCAAGCAGGUCGGCAAGAGAUACGUGCCCGCCCUCUGAUGCGUCGUAUGCUGUUAUAUGUACGGUACUAUCUUUGCUCUGAUCGAAUCACCCAAUCAAUCAAUCAAUCAAUUCGUCGCGAGGAUGUCAUUUCUUCGUUUCUUGUUCUGCUGGUUAAUAUUUGAGAAGAGUCAUGUUCUUCUCAACAUUUCUAUAUAUUGACAGCCAUAUGCUGUUAUAUGUAAACGAUCUGAUCGGAUCAGAUCAGAAAAUUUUUGGUCUGCCUUGCAAUGUAACAUUAGCUAGCUGGUAUCGACAAAAUAAUACUGCAUUUGCAUUAUGCUGGAGAAACCCAUGACAUUGUGAAAUGUAACUUUCAGUGUAGUGUAGUUUUCCUAGAUUAUAUCACUGUUUUUUGUUUCUCUCGAGAGAUGAAAUGGUUUGCCUAA